GCCCGGCCCCGGCAGCGGGCUCGGCUCGGCGCCCCCCGAGCCGCCCUCGCUGGAGCUGCCAGCGGGCCCGCCUGUGCCUGCCUACCCCGGGCUUCUCCGGAGGCUGCUCCCUCUCCCUAUAAAUAUUAGUGGCUCCGACGCCGAGGCUUCGGCAAGGCGCAGCUUCUUUCUCGGCAACUCCCGGGAGCCCCGAGGGCAGCGUGUGUGUGAGUGAGGGAGCUGCUCUGCCCGCGGUCGGGACCGAGGGAGGGCCGGGGCGGCUCUGCCGGGCCCCAUGGCGUUGCUCCUGAGACUCGGCUGCUCGCUGCUGGCCCUCAGCACCUGCCUGCUCCCGAGGGUGCGGGCCGACUGCGGCCGCGACUGCGCCGCCUGCGCCUACCACCUGGGACCCCGCGCCGGCAUCCACCCCCUGGCAUGUACACUAGAAUGUGAAGGGAAACUGCCUUCUGCCAAAGCCUGGGAGACCUGCAAGGAGCUCUUGCAGCUGGCAAAGCUGGAUCUUUCUGAGGAUGGCAACAUUGCUCCAGGAGACAAGAAAGAGGUGGAUGAGAACCAUUUGCUUGCAAAGAAAUACGGAGGCUUCAUGAAAAGAUAUGGGGGUUUCAUGAAGAAAAUGGAUGAGCUCUAUAGGGCAGAACCAGAGGAUGAAGCUAAUGGAGGAGAAAUCCUGGCUAAGAGGUAUGGAGGGUUUAUGAAGAAAGACUCAGAUGACGAUGCCCUUGCCAACUCCUCUGAUCUGCUGAAGGAGCUUCUGGGAACAGGGGACAACCCUGAAGCGGCGCACUACCGAGAGAUAAAUGAAAAUGACGGCGAUGUCAGCAAAAGAUACGGAGGCUUCAUGAGAAGCAUAAAGCGCAGCCCUGAAUUGGAAGAUGAGGCCAAAGAGCUGCAAAAGAGAUAUGGUGGCUUCAUGAGAAGAGUGGGCAGGCCAGAGUGGUGGCUGGAUUACCAGAAACGAUAUGGUGGGUUCCUUAAGCGCUUUGCCGACUCCAUUCUCCCUUCAGAAGAAGAUGGGGAAACUUAUUCCAAAGAAGUCCCAGAGAUGGAAAAGAGAUAUGGUGGUUUUAUGAGAUUUUAAUACCUUUCCCUUUUUCCCUUUUGUCCUAAAUGAGAAAGACUGCCUUAUUUGUCAUAACUUAUUGUAACGUGUUGCUUGUACUGUACAGUUUUUUACUGUCCUUGGUUAAUGAUGAAAACUGCGAUUUGUUGUUUCAGGUUCUGUGUUCUUUCAAGUCAAAUAACUAAUUUCUGGUUUAGUCAAGUUUCAGUCUGUAUUGUAAUUUCCAUGCUAGAACUAUUUUGAUUACUGUAUUAGUUUUCUUUAAAGAGGAACUACAUCUACAGUAGAGUUGCUUAACUGUACAUACAAUAAAUUCUUCAUCCUAACUGCAAAAA